UCUUUGCAAGCUCGGAACUUCGGCAUGAAAAAUGCUAAGGUGGUUAGAAGUUGACGAGUAUCUUUAGGUUUAAUUUAAGUUGUUAAAGCGUUAAUAUUUCCUCAAAAUGUCCAAAAUACAGCUGUUGAAUCUGUUUAUCACCGAACGGUUAACAACGGCAGCUGUUGAGCUAUUUGGAGAAAAUAAAACCGAGUACCAUGACCGAUUAAAAUCAGCGGCAGUUGAUAUAUUCAGGAUAGUGGAAAAGACGAUAAUAGAGUACUUGGAAGAGAUAUCCAGCUCAAAGCAGGAGAAUGGUCGUCUGCGGAGGAUUCUUCUGGAUUUGGGAGCAGACCCCCAGCAGCUAACUCGGGAGGUUCCACCUAAGCAGCAUCAACAACCACACUGUGAGCAGGAGUGGAGCCCCAGUCGGGUGCAGGAGGAGACAGAGCACACAUUGAUUACAGAGCAACAGGAGGAACUCAAAGCCAGUCAGGAUACCACAGAGGUCACACAGUUUAUAUUUCCUCCUCCCUAUGUGGAACGUGACUGUGAUCAGGACAGUGAAAGGGACCCUCUACCCACCAACACCACUGUCGGAAUCAAAACAGAACCUGAUGAUGGAGAGGACUACGGAGUAUCAGAACCAAUCAUUGACUCUCAGCCCGUCUCUGAACUUGGUCUACAUCCAGACUCUAAAGUCUGCACUGAGGCCAAGAUAACCAGUGAGCUGAAAGCACCGUUGAGGGCUCACACAGAGAAGCGGUUACACAUGUGUACUGUGUGCAGGAAAAGCUUCACCAGGGCAGGCCAGUUAAAAAUACAUCAGAGAAUUAUUCACAUCGGUGAGAAACCAUACAGCUGUACUGAAUGUGGCAAAUCAUUCAACCACAAGGAAAUCCUGGACAGGCAUAUAAACACUCACACAGGAGUGACACCAUACAAAUGCCCUGUGUGCAGUCAAUGCUUCAUUAGCAGAAGCCAUUUAGGAAAUCACCGGAAAAUUCAUCAGAAAGAUGAAAAGCCAUAUAAGUGCAAAGAAUGCUCCAGGUCCUUCAAAGGCAAGGGAGCUCUGGUCAGGCAUAUGAAGACUCACAAUGGAGAGAAACCUUACCAAUGUUUUGAGUGUGACAAAGGCUUCACCCGUCAGGGACACCUGACAGAGCAUAUGAGAUCCCACACAGGAGAGGAGAGCCUAUUUAAAUGUCCUGUGUGUGAGAAAUCCUGUAUAUCAGCCGUAAUUCUAAAACGCCAUCAGCUAAUUCACACUGGAGUGAAACCAUGCAGCUGCCAGGAGUGCGGAAAAAGUUACAGUCUGAAGGCAACACUAAAAGAGCAUAUGAGGAGCCACACAGGGCAACGACUUCAGUGUCCUAUGUGUGAAAAAUGUUUCACAUUUAAAGCCGGUCUAAGACAACACCUAAAAACUCACAAUAGAGAGACACCAUACGUGUGCAGCGAUUGCAGUCAAAGUUUCAGCCGUAAAUCGGACUUGAUCGGGCAUAUGCGCACUCAUACAGGAGAGAGAUUAUUCCGGUGCCUUCUAUGUGAGAAAUGCUUUAUAUCAGACUGUGAUUUAAAACGCCACCAGCGGAUCCACACUGGUGAGAAACCAUACAGCUGCAAGGAAUGCGACAAAAGCUUCACUCUUAAGGGAGGUCUGAAAACGCACAUGAAGAUACACACAACACGGAAACCCUACUGCUGCAAUGAAUGUGGCAAAUGCUUCCUCCACAAUACUAGACUGACAGACCAUAUGAGGAGCCACACAGGGGAGCAGCCGUACAAGUGUGAUGUCUGCGGGAAAUGCUUUGUCUAUUCGAGCGAUUUGAAAAAGCAUGAGAGAAUUCACACAGGUGAGGAACCAUACAGGUGUGUUGAAUGUAACAAAUGCUUCAACUACGAGGGUAAUUUGCUAAGCCAUAUGAGGGUACACACAGGGGAGACAGGAGAGGAGCCCCCAGCGUAUCUCUGCAGCGAUUGCGGCAAAAGCUUCCAUCAGAUGCGAAACCUUAAGCAGCAUAUGAAGAGUCACAAACAGAAGGCAAUGCUGCAGUGCACUAUGUGUGAAAAAGCUUUUCCAAAAGAAAGCCAACUCAAACUCCACGAGAGAAUUCACACUGGAGAGAAACCGUACCUGUGUAACACUUGUGGGAAAAGCUUUAGCAGGAAGGAACACCUGAAUGGUCACAUGAGGACUCAUUCAGGGGAGAAACCAUACAUGUGUCCUUCGUGUGGUAAAUGCUUUUUAUCAACAAGCGAUCUUAAACGCCAUCAGAGAAUUCACACUGGCGAGAAACCGUUUCGCUGUAACUAUUGCGAUAAAUGCUUCAAUCAGAUGAGUUCCCUGAAAUCACACAUGAAUAACAUUCACAAGAGGGAGAGCAUGUAG